AUGGCUCAAACAAAGCCGAUUGCCGAGCAAAUGGCUGCACUCAACAACUCAGAUGACACGUCGUUCGCUGCCGAUCGAUCGAACAGUCUUCUGAAUGCGACGUGCCCGGCGAGAAUUCAAAAUUCAGUAGAUCAACGGAAAAUCAAUCGAUCAUUCAAUGAUUCGCUGUCGUCCGGAUAUAGUGGAAAAUGGCUUCGUCCAAAGCGUGAAGCGCUCAAGAUCACUCCAUUGGCUCAGAUUGACGAGGCGCCGGCAACUAAAAGACAUAGCUCGGCGAAGGAUAAGCACACAGAAUACAAAACGCGACUUUGUGAUGCGUUCCGCCGUGAAGGAUACUGCCCGUACAACGACAAUUGCACAUAUGCUCACGGACAAGAUGAGCUGAGAGUUCCGAGACGCCGCCAAGAGUAUUAUUCCCGAGAUCCACCACGUGAGCGCCGUGAUUCUCGUUCUAGACGAGACGACGUGGAUACAACAAUCAAUCGAUCGAGUUCUUCAGCAUCGAAGCAUCAUGAUGAGAAUCGGAGACCCAGCAACAACCACGGAAGCUCGAAUCGUCGUCAGAUUUGUCACAAUUUCGAGAGAGGAAACUGCAGAUAUGGUCCAAGAUGCCGCUUCAUUCACGUCGAACAAAUGCAACAUUUCAAUGCGAAUGCGACGGUUUACGCGCCACCUUCUUCCGAUUGUCCGCCGCCGAUUGCCUACUACCAUCAUCAUCCACAACAUCAGCAACAAUUCCUGCCAUUUCCAAUGCCAUAUUUCUUGGCUCCACCGCCGCAAGCUCAACAAGGAGCUCCUUUUCCAGUGCAAUAUAUUCCACAGCAACAUGAUUUGAUGAAUAGCCAGCCAAUGUAUGCACCAAUGGCACCGACAUACUACUAUCAACCAAUUAAUUCGAAUGGCAUGCCCAUGAUGGAUGUGACUAUUGAUCCGAAUGCCACGGGCGGUGCGUUUGAAGUGUUCCCCGAUGGAUUCUUCUCUCAGCCACCACCAACUAUUAUUUCCUAAUUUUGCCGUAUUUUCCAUAUUUUGUUUUGUAUAUUUAUCCACUCACCCCCUCUCUUUGUCCUGUGAAUGAACUUGUGCCAAAAAAGCCAAAAAUAAUUUACUUUUUUU